UAAUUUUUUUCUGCCAGGGGGAUGCCAUCCCCCCUCAAUUCGAGCCCUGCCUAAACCCAUGAAUUGAAGAAAUAAGUCUUUUUUCUGAUUUUCUGUUUAUUUUAUCUUUUAUAAAACUUUUUACCAACCAUUUUGAUCGACUCCUAGUUUCACUAAACCCGAGUGUACCGCCGACAGGCGCCCCUUAGCAAAGAAAAAAAUUAUAAUCAUAUUUUUCAAACUCUCUGCCUUGAUCAAAACAAAAAAGGUGUCAUUUGAAAGCUCGGAGUCUGACUUUUACAAUGCAUGUAGUCACUUUGAUUAACUCCUAAGUACUGCUGAGUUAUUUGCGGAUAAAUAGAAAAAUAUUUUUUCAUCAUUUUUGUGCCAUGUACUCUAAUAUGUCAGAAACAUUAUACAGCUCAGAUAAUCAUGUGUAAUAUGUCAUAUGAAAAGUCUCAUCAAGUAGAAUAAAACAAAUGUAAUUGUUUGGGGCUUUGACUAAACUUGAGUGAGGCAUUACUUCAAAUUCAAAAAACAAUUUCAAAACUGUAAAGGGCUAAGAGAAAGACUACCUUGGUUCCAAAUACUGUAACUUUUAAUUACUUCAUGAUAUCACCACAUUUACAUACAGCACAUAUGUUGGGAACAUUUUUCUCCUACCUUAUUUUUUUCAUGAGAUUUUGAACAUCAAAUUAGAAUGAUAUGAAAAAUUUCCCUUGACCACACUAAUUUUUCUUACAUUUUAUCACCUAUUUCUCAACAUGAGAAUAUUCAAAUGCAAAGAUUGUUUCCCCUCUGAAAAUAUAGAAAGAUUAUUUUCAAACGAUCAUAAAAACUAUUAUCCCCCGGGAUUUCCACCUAUGGUGUGAAGGUAUCAGGGGAGAGGACAGUCCAGACUUGCUUGCUAAAUGAGUCCACAGAGAUGAAAGGCAAAACAAGUUAAAAUGAACCAGUCUUUCUGUUCUUUAAGUAUGUCCAGACAUGCUGGGGAUGGCUUUAAUUAUUCACUUAUUAUUUCUAUUAUGUUUUGUAGCAUAAACUGCUUGGUAGAACAUUUUAAGUUACUUGUUCCCAUUCAAUUUUCAUGGAUUUAGCUUGAAUUUGUAAUUUGCUUAAAGUCUAAUUUAGCAGUCCAACAGCUGUUUUUGAUAUUUGGCCAUUCAUUUACAAUACCCAAGGGUGAACUAUUGUAUACACAUGUUUCUUUUUUGAACUUAACAAGCCACCAGGGACCAAAUAAUUGUGCAUUCUCAUAGAAAUAUCUAAUUGUCCUCUUAAUGUAAUAUCUGACUAUAAUACAGUACAUCAAACUCAUUAACCCCAUACCAACUUAAUUCAGCAUGUACUUAAAAAGCAGUAAAAUAAAUUCAGUCUAACAUAUUAUUUCAAAUAAUAACCUUAACUGCUAUAAGAAAAGUCUGUGAUUUGUGCCUUAGAUUGUUUAAAAAAUGAAUUAAAAAUGCAAGAUGAUGGAGUCAAAUCUUGUCCCCACAAAAUACAUACAUAAUUUCAUCUAGCUGACACACCUGCACAAACAGUCUCCCAUAUUCUGUGUUGGGCGGAGCUGAGAAGACUUGAGAGUGGAAAACCAUGUUGAAAUGAACCCAGUGUGCACCUGUUGAGCAGACAGUCAGCUGCAGUAUACUGGUGUAUCUCAAGAUCAUCACUCACAAGCCUUGAUUUGGAGAAAGAGAACAGGGAACAGCAAAAUGGGAUUAUAUAGAGAGGUUCUGAUCCUCUCUUUUCUAGUCCAGUGGGCUACAGUAUUGCCCCAGGGUAUGAAGGAGAUGCCCGUCAACCAUUCAACAAUAGGAUUUCCGAGACUACCUGCAGACUUCAGGGAAAUGGCCAAGAAACUGAUGAGCACAUGCUUCAUGAAAGGUCACCAGGUGCCUGUAAUGAACAAUUCACUGAACAGCUCAUAUGGAAAGAUGAUGGAGAGCCCCAUCUCUAUUUUUCCAGAGCUUCUCUCCUCACUCGCCCAGUCUUUCCCCUCUCACUCCAACCUGCAGUUCAAUGAAACGGCAGAACAGCAGGACUCAGCCUGGAACAUUGUUGAGAAGAUGUGGAACUGCACCAACAUGGGCCAUAUAAUUGAUCUCAUGAGGAAUAGUACGGAAGGCCCUCGUUGUUUCAUGCGGGCAUUCAUGGCUCCUCUUUCCUGGAUGACCAUCAUGCAGAAUGGAACAGACCUCAACAAAGAAGAUCUGACAAAGCUUUUAUGGGUGGCUAAACCCUUCUUAGAAACAAUACCUCCAUCUAGCUUUGUGCUGCCGGUGUUUUCACAAAGCUCUCAAUUGGUUAAAAUGAUGAAGGUGUUUGGUGAGGUGUUCAGCGUUCUGUCUGAGGAACAGAGGAAUGCGAUUAUAGUGUGGGUCAAAGAGAGAGUUGCACAAAAUGAAUUUAAAUGCGUCCUGAAAGCACCUGCGUUCAGCAUCCUGCCUUCUGGAUCAUUGAAAAAAAUCCCAGUCCCUAAAUGUCCUCCCAGAAUGCUCUGGCUGAAGGCUAACGUGUUGACAAUGAUGGGGCCUUUCCUAUCACGGCUGUCUUUAGAGGAAGCAAAGACCAUCCCUAAAGAAGAGCUGUGUGAGUUUUUCAGGACUCCAGAUUUCUCUUCAUCAUUUCAAAAUGUUAGUGGAAUGCAGCCCGCUCUUGGCCGAAUACUUUUUCAACGCUUGAAACAAGAGUGUUCCAGCAGCGACAAUUUCACUCACUAUAUGGACAGAUUGGGCUCUCUGGCGUGUUUCUUUGAUGGUGCACCGUCACUAAAUCUGAAUCUUAGUAGAAAACUGCUGUCUCAGAUUGAUACCUGUAACAACCCUGACAUAGACAAGGUGAAAAGACAGCUAGUACAGAAAAUUCUGGAGAAAGAAGACCAUUCUUCCUCUCCUGAGAUUUUGCUGUCUCUGGGAUCCGCCGUAUCUGUCCUUCCUCUUUCCAGGCUGUCCCACUUCACUUCUGAGGACCUGAACAACACCCUCACCAGCUUGAGUCAGGCCAGUUGGAGCCCAGCUCAAGCGAAGACUCUGGCUAAGAAACUGUUGGAAACUGCUAAGAAUAUAAGUGGUGAGAAGUUGUUGUCUCUCGGUACAAUGGUGAGAGGGGUGGCCAGUUCCCUCCUCAAGAAUGUGAAGGCAGAAGGGCUGCUGGGAAAUGAAGCCCUGAAAACUAUGAGUGAGAAGAUGUCCUCCCUACAAAGAACAGCACUACUGGAAGCGUUCCGUCGUGAUGUAAAUGCAUCUGAACUGGUGAAGCGGUUGCCGGUUUCUCUCCUCUCUUCUCUGUCUCUGUCCACGCUGGAGAAAGCAGACCUCAGCUCUGUGAAUCAGCUGCAGGGACGCGGCUGGACUCGUGCUCAAUCAGCUUUCCUUCUGAAGAAGAUUUGGGGUAAUAGGAUCAACCUUGGCGAAUUACGGAAGCUGGGUCAGGCUGUACAGGGUGUCACUUGUGAAAUGAUUGAAAAAAUCAAUCGAACUGAUGCUUUGGAAAUGGCACAGAUAAUUAAUGAAUCCUGCGCAUGGCUCUCCAGGGUUCAGAUUUGCUGUACAGCUCGAAAACUCUUUUCAAGUCUGGAGGAACAGAGACCAGGAUAUUUCAGUAACAUUAACAACUCUGAGCUUCAGUCCAUACCAGCUAUGCUGCUUAUCCAUCUACCAGUGGAGAAGAUUCAAAACCUGUCAGAUGCUGUGUGUCCUGCUUUCAUGGAGAUGAUGAAGCAAGUCAACCUGUCCUCUCUGCCAAACAGCUCUCCCGCACGCUACGCACUUACUAAAAGAGCCAUCGGCUGCCUGAAGGGGAAUGUGUCUGAUCUGUCUGCGGCAGAGGUUUUGACUCUAGGCCCUCUGGUGUGUGAGUUAGACCCAGUCUGGAUUUCCUCUCUGAACCCUCCGGCUCUGAACUCCACCCUGAAGGCUCUCGUAUCCUGUCGGUAUAUCCAGCAACAGCACAGAGAGCAUCUGUUCAGACUGCUUACGACCACCUACGGAGACCCUGUUAACUGGUCAGAGGAAGACAUGAGGGCGCUUGGGCCACUUUUGUUACUCAAUGACACUGUUAUUGAAAAGCUGCCGGCCAAAAGCUGGAUAAAGUCAUACCUGUCAGACCUGAUGGACAGUUUGCCUAGUCAGCCUUUGGUUCCUCUUCCAAAGGAGUUCCGCUCUUGGUUUGAUCUCUCUGCACUUCAUCGCAAACUCUUUGAGCUCAAAACGAGAAGCACACUACUAAACCGCAGGAAGCGUGAAUUGGUGUCCACCCUAAUAGAGCCCACGCUCACUUAUAUUGAGGACCUCAAACAGUGGAAUGUAUACUGGACUCCCACCCAGCUCAGUAAAAUGACUGUGCAGACUUUCAAAGAUGCUGUGCCAACAUUAGGAGAGAUAACCAAUUACAGCACAGAACAACUGGCUGCACUCAGAGCAAAAACUCUGGAGGCAUGGCAGAGUGUUUCCAUGUUGAAUGAGUCCCAGAUUGCUAAUCUGGGCUGCAUCUGCCAGAGCUUCAGUGCUGAUGAGCUGGCCAACCUCAGCAUUGCCUCACUGGACACUCUGGAGACACUGACUGCUUGCAACUUUACCCAGACACAGAGGACAGCAGUCUGGCAGGCCUAUGAAAGGGUGGCUGGAAUCAGCGUGGCUGGACUAGGACGGCUGGAAAUGGUGGGACUGGGACAGUUUAUCUGUGGUCUACAACCUGGCCAGAUUGAUCAGCUCAGUUCCCCCAGCUUCAGAGAGGCAGUAGAGGCGGUGGGUCGUGUUCCUUGUCCUCUGAACUUUAGAGAGUGUCUGAAGGAAAAGGCUGUGGCUGCAUUUGGAAAACCAGAAACCUGGACUGAAGCUCAAGUCAGCAUUAUGGGCAACAUCAUUGCUGGUUUAAGUGUUGUCGAGCUGGGAAGUCUAAAUUCAACCGUCCUGCCAUUCAUUCAGCCGUCCGCCAUCCCUCUCAUCCCUUCAGAACGCUUAGCUGCAUUGUCGGUCAGCCAGUUGAAGGCUUUGGGUCCUGACAAUGCUGCUGUGGUAACAGAGGCUCAGCGUGCAGGGCUGAGGGUUGAUCAAAGGGCCGCACUGGAUGAAGCCGUGGGACUAAAAACUGCACGCACUGAAGUGCCCACUGGAAGCUCCACUGGAAUCUCCAAUCCAAGCUCUGGUGGAUCAAUCCCACUGCCACUAAAAGGAGGUGCAGCAGUAGAGAGCAUGGCAGGAUGUGUCCUCCUCAUGCAGGCCAUUGCGCUGCUGUUGUUUGGAUACAUUCUCUGAGGAGCAGAAACCACAAAAUCCAAAGUAU